CCGUGGCAUUUCCGCAUCUACGGCAGCCGGGAAGGACUCGGACGACCCGGGUGUCCCACGUGUUUUUUUUUACAGUUUGUUGUCAUCCGGCCGAUAAGUUAGCAGCUGUUUUUUGCUUUUAUCCUGCGUGUACAGUUAGCUUAAAAUGACCGGAAAAGAAGACGCAGAUUGUCUGUUUCUCGAGCACGUUUUGGAUAAACUGUAUGAGUUUGAUGAUGGACCAGCAUCAAAAAAGAAGUCGCAGAAGAAGAAAAAACGAAAAAGACGUGAUGAGGAGGAGGAGGACGAAGAAGAGCAGAUCCCUACAGUCAAGGAUGACAACAGAGCAGAUUGUGUUGGCACUGAACACCAGCAGCUACAACCAAAGACUGGGAAACAGGUGGGAACCACCCGGCAGGUGAGCCAGGUGGAGGUCGUGACAUUUCAGGACCCGAGAAAGAAAGCGAAGACCAAGCAGGUGCCCGCCCCUGACAUCACGCCUGCCCUUCAGAAGACAACAGAGGCAAAGGAAAGCGACCCGCUAGAAGAACUCAGUUUGGAAAAGGCUCGUCUCGAGGUCCAUCGGUUCGGGAUCACAGGCUACAGGAAGGAGCAGCAGCGGGUGUUUGAGCAGGACAGAGCUGUCAUGCUAGGAGCCAGACCUCCGAAGAAGGACUACGUCAACUACAAGAUGCUGCAGCAGCAGAUCAAAGAGAAGAAGCAGAAAGCAAAAGACGAGGUCCAGCCGGACCUGAAGAAGAAGAAGAAGAAGCAGAGUAAUCAAAGGGACAAGAAGAGAAAGGUGUCCUCGGGCUCUGGUUCUGGCUCCGGCUCGGCCCUCUCGGGUCAGGUGGGCCGCUUCAAGAACGGCAUGCUGAUCCUCAGCUCCAAGGAGAUCCAGAAAAUCAAAGGCAACAAGAGGCACAAGUAGGUGAGCGACUACCUCCUCCAGGAUAGGAGAACACAUGCAGACCAGAGGAAGAACUGGUCUCCAGAACCCUGUCUGUGGAUCAGCCUCCUGCAGCGGAAGUAGACGAGAGCUGCAAGGCUCCGUCUGCUGUUAGAUGUACGACGGUGUUAAUGGAGACAGACUGAGACCUGAGUCAGGAUGGACCCUGAAUACACACAGUGGCGGGACAUCAAUGCACAAAACUGGAGACUGUGAAAUCAUAUUCCAUCACAGUUAAUUUAUUUUUGUUUUUAUAAAUGACCGAAAAACCACAAAAAAAGACAUUUGCGUUUCUCGUGUUUUCCACUGUAAAGGUUUUUAAAUUAUGCAGUUACGAUGCAUUUCUCAUAUACAAACCAUGGAGUUGUACAAAACAUUUACAUUUAUAUUGGCAGGAAGGGAGGGGAUCAUAACAGUACAUAUGGGGG